ACUUCGGCACUUCUCGAUGAACAUCGGAAACAGUCGUUCUGUCUUUUGGACUUGCUUGAAUAUUUCCGAGGUUUUAUGAGAAUCUCAUUCUGCGGUCAAUUUUUCGACGCAGAGUUCGUCGUGCACUUGUGAAUAACUGCAGGACGUAUGAGCAAGAAACAACAAAAAUCCAGCGAAAUGCGAAUGGAUUUGGACACCCUUUCCCAGGUUGCGCUCAGCCAAUUUGACACAAGUUACUUCAGUCAGUCGUUCUCUGGAUCCAGGUCAUACCCAACUGUAUCCGACGAGUUGACCAGGGCACUUGUCAACUCCAUGGCUGUGUCCAAUACUGACCUGUUCAUCGGCGAACAAGUGGAUCUCCCCAACUUUGAAGGCAACAUGGAAGACUUUGAAUACAAACACACGGUUGUUGACCCAAGUUUGGAGCAUGAUCACAACAUGAACAGCCGAAAUGAGACGAUGCCUCUUUGCUACCAUGGUACCAUCACUACCACGGCACCUCACAUGUCUCCGGACCAAGAGAGCCCUAGUGGGUCCCCCAACCCGCAUUCAUGGUGGCCAUCGGGCGACCAGGGGAUGCUUACUCCAACAGUCAUCGGUAACAUUGUCAGCAGCUCCAACACACUCAUCAACGAGACAGUCCCAACUGGCAGUCAAUCUUCAGUUUCUGCCGAGACCGUGCGUCUUGGCAGGGAGGAAUCUUACACACCGACUAGUUCGUCAAGCUAUGAUGUUAUCUGUACUGAACCUCUACCGAUGUCAUCCCCAGAUAUGACCGAAACAGAACAUCUACCCCCUUAUUCCUGCGCCUACACCCAGGCUGGUGGUCUGUCUACGUUCGACACACUUGUUGACACGCUUAGCAGUGCCGCAUGUGCGGCUGAAACAUCAGCUUCACAACCAGUGGGUACACAGUUCGCCGAACAGUCCAUCAAAAUUGACGGUGUUUUGAAGUACACCUGGCCGGUGUCUUUAGAUUCGAGUUCUGCUUUCGGUCGUCCAGUACAGCAGCAACAACACCAGCAGCUAUCAACGCAACAUGUGCAUCCGCAUCCCUCACACCAGCAACCCAUCUCGAUGAAAAUGUCACCCUCAACAUCUCGCACCCAAACCUCACCUCAGCCCGUACCUUCACGGACUCACACACAGCAGCUUGGUGAAAGUAUGAUGCUGCAAAUAUCAAACCCAACUGACAUUCUAAACCAACCGUACCCCGCAGCUAUCCCCAGUUCGUCAGUCACUGGGAAAUCACCCAAACCCAGAAAGUACGUGAGUCGACCCGGUAAGACACCACCACACGAGCGGCCAUACGCCUGCCCUGCUGAGAGCUGCGACCGUCGGUUCUCUAGAAGUGACGAGCUUACCCGUCAUAUUCGCAUCCACACGGGACAAAAACCGUUUCAGUGCCGGAUCUGCCUGAGGAACUUUAGCCGUAGCGAUCAUUUGACAACCCAUAUCCGUACCCACACUGGCGAGAAGCCAUACUCCUGUGACACAUGCGGCCGUAAGUUCGCCCGGAGUGACGAGAGGAAAAGGCACUGUAAAAUUCAUCUUCGGCAAAAGGUGAAGAAGGAGUCAGAACAGAUGAAAGGGGCAAGCUCAUCAUGCAGUUAUCAGUUACCUCAUACUUCACCAUCCCCCUCCUCGUCGUGUUCGUUACCGGCAAGUACGGUAACAACCAGUGCGUCUUAGACCCGUGGAACACCAUUGAACUCUCAUGCCGCCAUGGUGGAAUAAUAUAUCCACAGUGCAAACAAUCCGAAAAAGACUUUUAAAACUCUUUUCAGCUUCAGAAUACUGCACAAUUGCCGGAUUUUUGCAACACACCACUGUAAACUGACUACACUUUGUAUUCACGAUUUCGAAAGAUAAUCUAACUUUUAUUUCCUCUUUCGGUGGUUGACAUUAAACGAUUUAACCUUUGUGUUUUUGUACGAGAAACUCGAAAAAGAAGAAAAAACAAAAACGCAAUGUAAACAUCUUAUUUGGGAAACCUUUGGUGUAAAAAUAUCAAAAUUGCUGCACUAUUUUCGGGACCAAUUUGCUGUAGUCAGUAGUACUAUUUUAUGCUGAAACUCUGGUACAAAAUUGUGUCAUUCUAUUUCUUUCUGCUAUUUAGGUACAUCGCAUGUUUAAUGUCUUCAGGACUUUAAAUGUAGUUUUGGUACAAGUAUAUUAUCAAGGACGUUUUGUCGACAAAAAAUGUUUCUCACAUGUUUUUUAUUUUAUUUUAGAUUUCGCACCAAGUCAUUUCAAUUAUUCACUUUCCCGGAUAACUUAUAAUCCCGAGCAAUUUACAUUAUUAUUCAGCACAUUUCCAAUUCGCAUCACAAACAAAACUAAAUUAUCUUCAUUUUGCUGGAAGUAUUUCACAACAUAGAGUUGGUCUGUUUUUGCUCAGAAGUAUGUAGGCCUAAUGUAAAGUGCAAAGGAAUUACCCUUUUGUAGAACUCGUUUCUCAUUGCAUAGAAAAGGGUUCGAGAUUUUCGAAAACCAUCUUUUUCAGAGAUGUUUACAAAAAACUAGUGCUUUGCAUUUCAAAGGGGAAAUUUCUUUUGCAAACUUUCUCCGAAGAUGCACAUUGGAGCGAGUCGUAAUAUAAUUUAAGAAGCAUAACUUAGUGUUAACGUAUUAAGAAAUUCUGAAAUACCCUCUGGUGAAAUGCAUAUAAUUGUAUUCCGAUUGGUAAAAUAUUACUUUUUCCCCCUCUGGUUUGGGGUCUUUUAAUAUCAUCUAACGCUCUUGCCAGCUAUAUAGGGAAGAUUACAAAUCAUCACUUUUGUUUAUAAAGGCACUAUAAUUCCAUCUGAUCAGUUGGUUCAAUUAUUUUUGUAUGCUGAAUGCAACAGGCUUGCUGAAAAUUGAAGAAUGUUUCGAAAAUUGAAGACAAGGGAGCCGGUCUCCAUAUGGCCCAUUGAAACAUAGAAAAUACCACAUAAUUGUAAACUGGUUCAGAUACUUAAAUUGCUUGUACUUUUUACGUUUGCUACCAAUAUAAAAAAAACCACCUGCAGGUCCAGGAUUUUAUUUUUGUCAACCAAUGUUUUGCAAAAACUAAAAAAAGAACCUUUCACAAAACCAAGACCCCCGCCCACUUGCCAUGCAAUUUCACGUGUCAAUGUCAAUGUGCUCUUGUUGUGUUACUUCAGUUCGAAUGUAUACAAAGCAGAAGAAAUAAACUUGCUAUUUGCUAUUCAUUUGCUGAGAAAAAUGUAAACUUGUUAAACAGCUCAUUUUUUGAUGUUUUAAUUUUGAUAUCGACUAGAAAUGCUGCAACGAUAGCGCUUUGGAUGAAAGUUACAUCGUGUGUGUAUGUGUUGUAUGUCCGAGGUGUAUAUGCCAGACUUAUAGCUGUGUAUAGCACUUACUUUUUUUUGGAUGUGUGAUAACUUCAACAACAUGUGCCUUGUGAUUGUCUUUUUCGAAUGUUCAGACAUCAGACAAAAUAUGCUGUUCUUCUGCAGUCAUGGACCUUCUGUAAAAAAAAAGGGAGAUCUGAUCCAUCGGAUCACAGUGCUCAGAUUUAUCAAACAAAAACAAAAUCUACAGGAAAAUAACCAUGUAGAUUCAUUCCUCAUGUUUGUUGUUUCGGUACGAGUAUUAUAUGAUUUACAACACUUGCUCUUAUUUAAUUUGUUAGUUUAUAAUAUAUUAUAAACAAUGUACGAGAUAACCUGUAAAUGAUACUACUGUAAAUUAUGUUGUACUAUAUUGAAGAAAAAAAAAGAAAUAUUACGGGGAAAAAUAAAUUAUUUUUGU